AACAUUAACUGUUUUAGAGAGAGAAACCUGAACAAAAGGAUGUACGUGUAUAAAGGAAGGAGAGAGAGGGCUUUGGAAUUAGAGAGAGAAACAUUACCAUUUUAGAGUGAGAAACCUUAACAACAUUAUUGUGGGUUUCCUUUUUUGUUUGAGAAACAUCACCUUUUUAGAGAGAGAAACCUUAACAAAAUUAUUGUGGGUAUCCUUUUUUUUUUAUUUCUUCUAGUGAGAAAUCGAAGAUUCUCCAUUCUGUUUCUCUCCAAAGAAGAGCUUCUCAGCGAAAUCUAAGUCCCGACAGUUCUCAAACAAUCAAAACCAAUUAUUUUUUUGACGAGUUGCUAACCUCUCUCUCUCUCUCUGUCUAAAUUUAUCAGAAGACUGCAAUCUUUCUCUCUUUCUAAAUUUAUCAGAAGACUGCAAUCUCUCUCUUUCUAAAUUUAUCAGAAGACUGCACUUUCUCUCUCUUUACGCAAUCACCCACCAAUCCUGUCCUAGCAAAGAACCCACCACUCAUCAGAGGGUCGUCUCCUUUUCCUUCUAAAAAACCAGAGCUUCACAAGAAGCUGGGUCUCCCCCAUCUGCGCACAAACAAUUAAGAAAAAGUACACAUUGUUUUUUGAUGGCUCAAGACAAUGGUGGUGAGGAAUCUCCUACUCAACGAAAGCCUGGUCUUUUACGAGAUCAAGUGCAGUUGGUAAAAAGAAAGGAUUGUGAUCGCUAUGAAAUUGUACCAAUUCCGGAACCGCUAUCCUUUGAAAAAGGUUUCUUUAUAGUCAUCCGUGCAUGUCAAUUGUUGGCUCAGAAGAAUGAUGGGAUUAUAGUUGUUGGAGUUGCUGGUCCUUCUGGAGCUGGAAAGACAGUAUUCACUGAAAAAGUACUGAAUUUUAUGCCAAGCAUUGCUGUCAUAUCAAUGGACAACUACAAUGAUUCCAGUCGCAUUAUUGAUGGCAACUUUGACGAUCCACGUUUGACAGACUACGACACUUUACUUGAAAAUAUUCAAGGUCUGAAAGUGGGUAAACCUGUUCAGGUACCAAUUUAUGAUUUCAAGUCAAGCACCCGCACUGGAUACAGGACAAUAGAAGUUCCCAGUUCACGGAUUGUAAUUCUUGAAGGAAUCUAUGCUUUAAGCGAAAGGCUAAGGCCUGUGCUUGAUCUUCGGGUAUCAGUGACAGGUGGGGUACAUUUCGAUCUUGUAAAAAGGGUUUUAAGAGACAUACACCGUGCUGGGCAAGAGCCAGAAGAAAUUAUUCAUCAGAUAUCAGAAACGGUUUAUCCAAUGUACAAAGCUUUCAUUGAACCAGAUCUUCAAACAGCCCAUAUUAAAAUUACCAACAAAUUCAACCCAUUUUCAGGAUUCCAGAAUCCCACUUAUAUUUUAAAGUCAGCGAGGGCUGUGAUUGUGGAUCAAAUCAAGGCAGUUAUUUCAGAAGCGCAUACAGAAUCUACGGAGGAGACUUACGAUAUAUAUCUACUGCCACCAGGUGAAGAUCCGGAAGCAUGCCAAUCAUAUCUAAGGAUGCGGAAUAGAGAUGGGAAAUACAAUCUCAUGUUUGAGGAAUGGGUUACAGACAGUCCAUUCAUUAUUUCCCCAAGAAUCACAUUUGAAGUCAGUGUGCGUCUUCUUGGUGGACUUAUGGCCUUGGGUUAUACCAUUGCAACCAUUUUAAAAAGAAGCAGUCAUGUUUUCAUUGAUGAUAGAGCAUGUAUCAAAAUAGAUUGGUUAGAGCAGCUGAAUCGCCAUUACGUUCAGGUGCAAGGAAGAGAUCGUGUAGUUGUAAAAGAUGUAGCACAUCGAUUAGGGCUGGAUGGAUCAUAUAUUGCACGCACCUACAUAGAGCAGAUUCAGCUUGAAAAGCUCAUUAAUGAAGUCAUGGCAUUGCCAGAUGAUCUGAAGACAAAGCUAAGUAUCAACGAUGAUAUGGCUUCAAGCCCCAAAGAAGCACUUUCCCGAGCCUCUGCAGAUCGAGUGGCUAUGAGAACCAAGCAUCUUAAGAGUGGUAUGUCGCACUCCUAUUCAACUCAACGUGAUAAGAAUCUUUCCAAUCUAACUAAACUCCAAGUCAGCAAUAAAAGGUUUGAAUCAAGAACUCCUCAAUCACCUGCAUCAGCAGUUGCAAAUCAGGGAGUUAUGACUCAACUGUCAGAGCAGAUAUCCACCUUACAUGAGCGGCUUGAUGAGUUUACAUCUCGAAUCGAAGAACUCAGUUCAAAGUUAACUGUCACCAAAUCCUUAGGGAGCCAACAGAACUUGGCUUUACAAACCGAGAUCUGCAAUGGCUCUGCACCGCCAUCUUUCUACAGUUCAGGAUAUGGCAAUGGCAACAUGACCGGAUCUUUACUCCACACAUCUUCUUCAUCAAACCAAUUAUCAAGGGAAUUUUCAUUAGUGGAUGAGAUCACAGCAAUGGCACGUAGCCAACGCCAGAUUAUGCACCAGUUAGACAAUCUCAGUAGCCUUGUCCAUGAAAAUAUUGCGCGAAAAGCUUCUCGUCCAAGCAGAUCGGAUGGUUUUAGCAGAUUGAGUAAUGCUGGAUUAGUUGGGAGCCCUUUGCUAUUGGCAUUGGCAAUAGGAGGUAUCAGCAUUUUCAUGUUUCGCACAAAUUGGAGUUGAUACAAGAGUUUGAGCAAGAGGUUUUCUUUUUAAUGGGUUAAGCCUCUUGGAAGAUGUACCAUAAUAUUUUUUUUUGGGUCCUGUUCUCUUUCUAUUUCCUUUUAAUUAUCUUUUUUCCCGACCGCGAAUGCCCGAGUUGUGGACCUGAAGUAUUUUUCAAUUGCAUUGGAUCCAUCCAUGAGGAGGGCUUUUUGAGAUUCAAAAGAAAAUUUCGAGGUUUUUGUAUAUUUAAAUUGAGGAAUUCUUCAUAAGCUGAAUAAAAAUGAUAUUGGUGGUCUGAAACUCUGAAUAAGAUUGUUUCCUGGUUCUCAUAUA